UGUGUGAGAUUGAUAAACAUUCAAAUGUCUACGUCUAGUCUUAUCGAUAAACUUAAUUACAAAUCCGAUUGAAAAAGUUCUUGUCUUAUAAUAUCGUUCAGUUAAAAUUAAAUUAUCUUUAAUUAGGAAGAUAGAAAUAGUGGUAUGGUUAUAAAGUUUUUGUCUGGUGUAAGAAAUGGAAACUUUGUAUCACCAAACGAAUCAAUUAAUUCAGGAAACUUCGCAAUUGUUUCACAAAUUAGAAUUCGAACCAGAUGGGGACAAAAUCGAGAAUGAUAUUCAGUCAAAAAUCAAUGCUAUCAAUGCAAACUGUGAGAAAUUGGAUAUUUUGGUCUUCAAAACUCCUAUUAAUCAAAGAUCAAUGGCUAAAAUGAGAGUUGAUCAGCUUAAAUAUGACAAUAAACAUAUACAGGCAUCAUUGAUUAAUGCCCAGAACAAGAGACACAGACGUGAGCAGGAGAAGGCAGAGAGAGAAGAGUUAGUGAGUAGAAGGUUCGGGCAUGACCACACAGCUAUAACGGUUGACUACUUGGCUCAGGAACAAAACUCCUUGCAACAUUCACAUAGAAAUGUCGAUGAGAUGUUACACACAGGUUCAAAUAUUUUGGAGACGUUGAAGUAUAACCGCGAAACCUUGAAAGGUGCCCAUCGUAGGUUAAUAGACUUGGCCAACACGCUAGGUCUCUCAAACGCUACGAUAUCGCUGAUAGAACGAAGAGUUGCUCAGGACAAAUACGUAUUAUUUGGUGGAAUGUUCGUCACUUUGGCAGUGAUUGUACUUGUGAUCAUAUAUUUUGUAUAAUUAGUAUAAAUAUACACAGCUUAUUCCAAUCGCAGGAGGAGCAGAGACUAUAUACAACGUCGACAUUGAACUGAUGAAACAGCAUUGAUCGAGAUAUCGAUUACUAUUAUGAUAUUCAUAAUGGAUUUGCUUAAAAUUGGAAUCAGGAACUGUUUGUAGUCCAU